AUGGAUACAACGAUAGAUCCUUUCUAUCAACACAGCGUCCUCGAGUCGCAAAGCGGAGUCGGCAAAGCGGAAGUCAUGAUCAACGAGCUACCGAAGUCGAACGUUGAUGGGGAUAAGAGUGAAGUGGUGAGAAGAAUUGAUAUCAGAGAUACGAAAGAGUCAAGAGACUUGCGUUGGUCGACAUGGUGGUUGAUAGGUGCUGUGCUCAUCGUGAUACCUUGGGUGGCAAUCGCUGCGUCCGCACCAAAAACAGCGAUGGGAGGCAUUCGGACGACCGGCUUUCUCAUCUGGAUCGAGAUUCUGUGGACUUCGGUGUGGAUUCUCUCGUUUUUCCACUUUUAUAUUGGCAGAGGCUGGUUUUGGCUGUGCCAAUUCGACGCGAGCCUGAUGCCGUGGGACACGUUCCUUACCAACAUCAUGCGGACAAAUGUGUGGUUCGCGAUGUCUCUUGUGGCAUGGGGAAGUUCUUCCGUUAUGUGUCGCGUUAGCGGCAGCACCUGCAACGAAAAUUGGCUUAUGGUUCUGAGAAAAGUGCUCCUUGCCAGUAUACCUGCGACUGCUACAUUCUGCGCAGAGGAUAUCCUCAUGGAAGUCAUUAUUACCUUCCAAGCAGCGAGGAUGGGCAGGGAAAGACAUCUCGAAACAAUGGUGCGACGAAGGAAUGCUAUUUUUUUGAUAGCCGCAAUCUAUCUUAGAGUCAAGGAGAAGGAGGGUACUUCGCAGGAACCGCCGGUCAAUUCUGCACCUGCAGGGAGUCAAGGCUCUCGGUGUCGAUCUUUCGCUUCACGUCUGCCCUCAAGGACGGGCAAGUUCCUCGGGACUCUCUUCCUUCGCGAUCCACCAGACCUGAAAGACGUGCGAGAACAAGGCAAGCGAUAUGUCCAAGGUAAAGGCAGUGACAAAGAGUUCGAUCUUGACGGAAAGCCUUUCCCAGAUAUAUUCGUCGAGCACUACCUUCACGGAGAAAGUAUGAGUUUCACCGAGGCGUUUCUGCAGGAGAAAAUCAACGAAGAGGCCGGCAAAACGAUCAACAACGCGCUAGACUUCACAGCGGCGGAAAUUAUGAAGAUGAUGGAUAAAGACGACAGUGGCGAGAUCACGACAGAUGAAGUCGCAGAUUUUCUCAAGGAGCUGGUGAUGGCCAUGCGCGACAUCGCAAAGAGUGUAAACGGAAUGAAACGUGCAGCAAGAAGUGCGAACGCUGUCGUAAGCUUCCUGUUGCUCUUUGUCGUCGCUAUCAUAUACGCCGCAUUCUUUGUCAAGAACUUAACAUCGUACCUGACGCCAAUUUGGACAACCGUCACCGGGCUCUCUUUCGCACUGAGCGGCACCGUUACCGAGUUUAUAGCAGCAUGCCAAUUCGUUUUUUCCAAGCAGCCCUACGACGUCGGCGACCGCGUUAUCAUCGAAGAAAAGGAGCUCAUCGUCGAAAAAGUGUGCCUGCUCUACACCGUCUUCCAUCGCUGUUCUGAUUGCGCUGUGGAACAAAUCGCGCACAAGAAGAUCUGCGACGCGUGGAUUACCAACCUGACACGCUCCAAGGGCCUGUUUAUCAAGGAGGUCGCGUCCAUCGCGGACAAGACGGAUAAGUUCACGUCGGCCCAGCUGGAGGCGCACGAAAAGGGCCUCGUGGCGUUCAUCAACGAGGAAACGGUUCGCAGGAGGUAUCUCGACGUUGGUGGUGUUAAGGUGUCGUUACACGCUGAGCAGCGGCAGCUGGUCGCCGAUAUCAAACUCAACGAAUUGAUGGUGAGACAUGAGAAAGUACUCUCGCGGAUGAGAGGCCAGAUCAGAGAUUGGUUGGAAAGGUUGGUUCGCGAAGGAGGUGGGACUUCAUCCAGCUCGUAA